AUGAUAGGAAGGGAAAAAGAUAAGGAAAAAAUGAUUGAGUCAUUGUUGAAUCCAACUGGUAGUCAAGGAAAUGUUUCUGUGAAUGCAAUUGUUGGUAUUGGGGGCUUAGGGAAGACUGCACUUGCCCAGUUGGUGUAUAAUGAUGAAAAAGUUAAAAAUUACUUUGAAAGGAAGAUGUGGCAAUGUAUUUCUGAGGAAUUUGAUUUGAAAUUGCUUGUUAAGAAGAUCCUUGAAUGUGGAACUAAUAAUGAGGUGCCUAAUUUAUUAGGAUUAGAACAAUUGCAUAUUCGCCUUAAAGAGAAUUUAGAAGGGAAGAGGUAUUUGUUGGUGUUAGAUGAUGUAUGGAAUGAAGAUCAGAAAAAAUGGGAUGAUUUGAAAGCUUACUUGUUGAUGGGUGCCCCAGGGAGUAAAAUUUUAUUCACCACUCGUAGCACAAGAGUUGCAUUAGUCAUGGGUGUGGAUUCCCCAUAUGUUUUGCAAGGUCUAGCAGACAAUGAGGCUUGGGAUUUAUUUGACAAAUUAGCAUUUGGAGAGGGGCAUGGUGUAGUGAUGAAUCCCAACCUAAUAAAAAUUGGAAAAGAGAUGGUAAAGAAAUGUAAAGGAGUUCCACUUGCAAUAAGGAGUUUAGGAAGCCUCAUGCAUUUGAAAACUAAAGAGAGUGAGUGGUCUUCCAUUUUAGAAAGUGACUUAUUAAAGUCAUUUCAAACAAGUGAGAAUGAGAAUGCUCUUUCUGUGCUGAAGUUGAGUUACUGUCACAUGCCCACUUAUUUAAGGCAAUGUUUCAGUUAUUGUGCAAUGUUUUCCAAAGGUCACGAAUUUGAUAAAGAAACAUUGAUUCGUUUGUGGAUAGCACAAAGAUACAUUGUUUGUUCAAGUAAGGAUGAUGAUUUAGAGGAUAUUGGAGAUCAAUACUUCAAUGAAUUAUAA